AUGGCGGGGAUUACUGCUUCAGUGACAGCCGCGGAGCGGGCAACGGCGAAGGCUAUCCCCGUCAGUCCCAUCACUUCAGCUCCCAUUCUCACUCAUCAGCGCGGCUUAAUCAAAAGGACUGGUGCCGACACAGUCGAGGACAACACUUGUGGAUGGGUCAAUGGUGAUCUCAUGAUGAAGCCUAUCCUCUUUGCGCGACGGCGACGUUUGGCGGUCCAGCGGGAUACACCUACCUCAGUUGCACAGAUGCAAUCGGCACAACGGACACGGUUAGAGAACUUUUUCUGUCAAGCCCCAUUUCGUUUUAAUGGAAACAUCAAGAGUCAUGACGUCGAUAUCUCCCACAUGCUGACACCACGUUUGCAGAUGAUGCUCACAUACUAUGGCGGCAAUGCAACGGUCGAGAACUUACCCAGGUAUUUCUCGAGCUAUUGGUACGAGAGUACCGCCACCUCUUCCACGACGUCGACUUCUACCUCAUCUCCCACCGACGACGCAGGCAUCAACGACACGAUAUCUUGGCUCUCCGGCCACAAGACCAUCCUCAUCGGAGCCAUUGCCGGCUUCUGCGGGUUACUCAUCCUCCUCGUGGUGGGGGGUUGCUGCGUGGUACGGAACAAAAGGUCCAGACGAGGACGGUAUAUUCCGGCUAGUCAGCAGAUGCCACCGCACGAGGCUUACGGGAUGCACUAUCAAGGCGCGGCGGCAUAUCAGCGGCCUCCAUCGUACCAGUCUGGGUAUGGAUACCAACAAGAUUUCGGUCAGGUGUACGUGGCUCCGAAUAAAUGA